AUGGGAGACAUGGAUGAACUGACGCAGGCGGAAACCUGGCCGGCUCUGUGUUCUUUCUUCACUGGGUCUACUCCACAUCUCCGUUUUUUGGAAAUCCUGCUGAAUACUGGCCGCUUUCCCUCCUUGGCUAGGUCAUCCCAUUCACAACCGCUUUCAGAUGAUGAACUCCAGAAAUCGAAAGCAAUUUUUAACAGUCUUAUUUAUCGCCUAUCUCACCUGCAUUCCCUUGGUGGAGUCCCUUCGAUUCGUUUCUGUCGUGACGUGGAACACUUGGUUAGAGGCAACGUAACUCUUUUUGAACCGACUGCUUUCGGAACGCUUCUCGAUUCAAUCCUCACAGUAGAGGUAGCACAAUCCAGCACAGAACUUCGGCAAAACCUUUCUGCAGGUCUAGCUAGUCUUCUCUACCUAUACCCCGUAAAUUACAAAACUUUUAAUGGAACAACAGCAACUACAGUAGAGCCUUCCAAGACGGUUGCUAGCUAUUCUAAUCCCGAUUUUUUGGAUUUCCAACGCGGUGAACGCUGUCUCGAUCUUUUGACAUCUCUGCUGGAAGUGACUCAGGAAGAUACUAAAACCGGGCUCUCAUGCUUCCACGCGCUGGUACAACUCCUCUGUCAUCGUAAACUCUUUCAUCCGACACAACUAACACCCUCAAAGCUGGAUCGACUCGUUCGAGUUGUGCAAUUCAUAUGGCCUGUAGCUUUUUGUAUUUCAAAUCGACAACCCCGACGGGAAGAAGGGAGCACCCCUAUUUCUUCUUCAAGCAGUGUUUGUCCCUCCUCCAGUGGUGGUGAUAUCAGUGAUGCAGGUGGGAUGGAGAUUUGUGCUGUACGAGAGCUAAAAAAGUCGCGUCUUCUUGCGACCUUCUGUCUUCGACGUCUGUUGACAUCAAAGCGCAUUUGCAGUGAGGCCUGGACAUCGACUGGAAUACGAUCGUUUCAGUCGGAUCUUUUGGAAGCGUUGUGCCGGGAACGUGAUGCCAGGUUGAGAGAGCUUUUCAUCGUAAUACUGGGUGUCGUACUGGACAAAUUGACCCUGCGUUUUGCUGUUGCGGAAGAGCCGUCAAACUGGCAACCUGCCACCUUUAUUCCCUACUCCCUUCGCGUAGCCAAUGAACUACGCACCCUUCACAGGAGUCUCAUUUGGGCACUACGCACAGAACAAUCUUUUCGUCAUCAGCUGGCUUUAUUAAAAGUCUUAGCUGUUCUUAUAACUGUCACACCAUAUAAUCGUCUUCAUCCUGGCCUACUAUUAAAUGUUGUUACAAAUCUGAAUUCCUUCCACAAUCGGACUCGCUGUAUCGCUCCCAUUCUUCCUGUUUGGAAUGCUAUCUUAGCCAAAACCCCAACAUCGGAGGUGCAACGACUACUGACAUCACCAACACCAACCUUGAGACUGCUGUCACUUUGCGAUACUUCCUCCAUGUCGCCCAAUCCCUGUUGGCUUGUUUUACUGUGCCUACAAUUGGUGGACAGUGGUGGCCGUCUAAUGGAGAAUGAAAAGGGAACCCAACCCACAGUCCUUCGUUCUCAAGCUAUUUCCACAUUGACGGCCUUCAUUCCUUUGCAUUACAACUGUCUUGUACCGAGUAUGGAAGAAAUCAAGAGGAUGAUUGAGAUUGGGUUUCGGUCGGACAGAGAAGAGAAUCGUUCACUCCGAAUACCUCUGCUUCGAUUCUGCGAUGCUUUGUUGACGCACAUCUUUGAAUGCUUGGAGGAGGAGAAGGCUCUUCCGUGUCCUCCACUCGAUUACGAUUGGUGGCUGGGUACUAGCGGCAUUCUCAUUAACAAUGCUAGCUCGCCCAAGUAUUCCCUCGGUAGCGUUCCACCUUUCCGGCGCUGUACCUUGGAACAAGAACCUCUAUUCAACAACCUAUUUAUUGAUGUUACUUACAUGUCUAUAGUAGAACAACCCUAUCGGUAG